UUUCAGCACAGUGGAAACCAAAACAGAGCAAAUCCUGCAAAUGAAGCCAUGAAUCCUCUCUGCAAUUCCUUAAAAUCCCUUCAUGUAAACACUACCCUCUUCCUCCCCAAAUCGAAGCUCUCCUUUUCCCUUUCCCUCUCUCCUAUUUCCGCCGCACCCUUCAUAACCAAAUCCUCGCGGCGCCCAUGCCGCCUCACCAUCAAAGCCGACUCCGACGCCGUCGAAAUCGACAUGGUUAGGAACAGGCAAGGCGUUUACGCUCCCAAACAGAAGAAAGUGGUCGUCUUGUGGGAUCUCGACAACAAACCCCCGCGCGGGCCGCCGUACGAAGCGGCGUUGGCCUUGAAAACAGUUGCCCAGAAGUUCGGGGAAGUGGUUGACAUGUCGGCCUACGCUAACCGUCACGCGUUUAUCCAUUUGCCUCAAUGGGUCCUACAAGAACGCCGCGAGAGGAGAAGCCUCGACAUCCUCGAACGCAAAGGAAUCGUAACUCCGAACGAGCCUUACAUCUGCGGAGUUUGCGGCCGGAAAUGCAAGACGAAUUUGGAUUUGAAGAAACAUUUCAAGCAGUUACACGAAAGGGAACGACAAAAGAAACUAAACAGAAUGAAAUCGUUGAAAGGUAAGAAACGUCAGCGGUUCAAGGAACGGUAUAUAAGUGGGAAUCAUAAGUACAACGAAGCGGCUAAGAGUUUAAUUAAGCCGAGGAUCGGUUAUGGUUUGGCGAGUGAGCUAAGGAGAGCGGGGGUUUACGUUAAAACAGUGGAGGAUAAGCCCCAAGCGGCGGAUUGGGCAUUGAAAAGACAAAUGCAGCAUUCCAUGAGUAGAGGGAUUGAUUGGUUGCUUUUGGUUUCGGAUGAUAAGGAUUUCGCGGAGAUGUUGAGGAGAGCAAGGGAAGCAAAUUUGGGGACUGUGGUUGUAGGGGAUUGGGACAGGGGUUUGGGAAGACACGCUGAUUUAUGGGUAUCUUGGGUUGAGGUGGAAAAUGGGGAGCUGACGGAGAAAGAUUUGGUGCCCAAGAGGAAGAGGGUGAGCAAUGAUGAUGGGUUGUUUUCGGUUUCGGAAUUCGAUGAUGGGAAUGGGAGUAUCGGGGAACUGGAGGGUGUUGUGAAUGAGCUUUUAGUAGAGAGGAGUGAGUUUGGUGGGGUGAGGAUCUCGGUGUUUUCGGAAGGGGAGGAGGGAGAUGAGGAUGAAUGGGAGACUGAGGAAGAUUAUUUGUUGGAUGAUAGUGAUGAUGAAGUGAUUUUUGAGGAAGAUGGGUAUUACUGAUGAGGAAAUUCUGUUUACUUAAGGAUUGAUAAAGAGAUUGCAGUGUGUGUGACUUGGCUGCUUCUUUAAUAAGAGUUGAAAAUCCCAAUUGUGGCA